GCGCUCUGGAGGAGGAAGGCGCUGAGCUCAAACUACGGAAGCUCGGCAGCGGCCUUCGGUGGGCUCGCGGGAGCCUGAGCUUGUAAAAAUGGGUCGCCAUUCAUCAGACACUGAAGAAGAGAAUAGAAGCAGAAGAAAAAAGAAACAUCGUAGAAGGUCAUCUUCAAGCAGUUCCUCAGAUGACAGAAUUUACAGUCAUAAAAAAUCAGGAAGGAAAUCAAGAUCACGGUCUCGAGAUCUCCAGUUUCGUUCACAUUCAUAUGAAAAGAGGCGAAGGCAUCGAUCUAGCAGCAGUUCUUCAUAUGGGUCCAAGAGAAAACGGAGCCAUAGCCGAUCAAGAGCACAAGGAAAAUCAUAUCGGCCUCAGAGAUCAAGAUCAAAAAGCAGAACAAGAAGAUCACAUUCCAGACCUCAACAACGAUCCUACAGCCGCAGCAGUGAAAGAACUACUCAUAGAAGAACCCGCAGUGGGUCUCGUGAGAAAGAGAGACGUAAAGGCAGAGAUAAAGAGAAAGCAAGGGAGAAGGAAAGAUUCAAAGGAAAAGAGAAGGAGCAGCAUUACAACAAAAGUGGGGAUGCUGGAAACAUCAAAACUGGAUUAGAACAUCUGUCUGCUGCUGAGCAGGCCAAAGCUAGAUUACAAUUGGUCCUUGAAGCUGCUGCUAAAGCUGAUGAAGCAUUAAAAGCAAAAGAGAGAAGUGAAGAAGAAGCAAAGAAGAAAAAAGAAGAUCAAGCCAGUCUUGUUGAGCAAGUGAAACGAGUCAAGGAAAUUGAAGCAAUUGAAAGUGACUCUUUUGUUCCACAGACAUUCAGAUCAAGCAAAGAAGUCAAAAAGGUCACAGAUUCUGCUGAUAUCAAAAGUGAUCCUGGAAUAACAGAAGUGACAAAUGUUGGUCUGGCUGUUACUGAAAAAGAAGUAAAGCCUGGAAUUAUUCCUACUGCGAUCAGAUACCAAGAUGAAAACUCACUUGCCCAUCCCAAUUUAUUUAUUGAUAAGGCAGAAGCAGAAGAAAGAUGGUUCCAAAGGCUGAUUGCUCUUCGACAAGAAAGGCUAAUGGGCAGUCCUGUCGCUUGAGUGAAUUAUUGUCUUGCAUAAUUUCAUUGUCUUGCAUUGUAUAAAAUACAUGAUACAAUUGGAUAAGUAUAUAAAUAUUACCUAGAAUGAAGGUGGGGUGAGGAGAAUGUGAAAGGAAGCAUACUUCUGGAAUCAGCCAACAGAUUUAUGUCAUAUUAAAGGUAUUAAGUGAAAGAAUAAUGACUGUUAGUUUACAAAAUAAUUAUUUGUAGUCAUAUUUUAUGGUGUUCAUUUUCUUAGUGUAUUCCAGUUAUGGCUGAGAUUCAGACUGCUCUGUAUGCUAUUUCAUACCUGAUAGGGCACUUCAACUUCUCCCAAUGGCAGUUCCUCCCUAGUUCCUCCAUAUUGGCAGUUGUGUGUGAGAGACUUUAGCACCAACAAUGUAUGAGGGGUAGAAAGGAAAAAGAUUAUCUCUACCCUAACCUUAACCCUGAACAACAAUGAGGAAGCAGUUGUAUGAGAAGUGAGAUUCUGCAGAUGAGAUUUAGUUAUACAAAUGAUUAUAUAUAAACACUUUUAAAAUUCAUGUUCAGUGGGUUGUUCUGUAGAUAUACUUCAAGUAGAAUGCAAACGGGGGAAAAAGCCUUAUUUGUUGUCACCAGAUUCUGCAAAAUCUGGCACUGAAUACUAUCAGUAUGGUAUUCAGCAGAAGACAUAUGCAAGGUUUAUAAAAAAGUAAUUAUAUCCACUAAGGUAAAAAAGAGAAAGCCUGAUUCCUCAUCAGAAGAUGCUACAUGAUUUUAAGAUACUCAGUUGCUACAUGGACAUGGAAAAGAAACAAAUAUGCUGCAAAUAUGCUGGGGGGAAGGAGGAAGAGCGCAGACUUUGCAGUUCUAAUCUUCCUAGACAACAUCUAAGCAUUUGACUAGAGCUUUUUAUUUUCCCAUGUAUUGGUGAACAUAAAGGGCAUUCAUUCUCAAAGCAUCAUAUUGCCAUACUUUGUUUCAUCCCUUCAAAUGUGUUCUUUCUUACAUGAAAGAUGAGUAAAAAGCUGAAGAAAUAAGAGGAAAAUUGGGUAAUUCAUCAGUGUAAGUCCAGAAUCAUAAGUACUCUAUGCUUACAUACAUACAUAGAUACGUUGCUAAGAGUAUUUAUAAGGAGAAGGGAAGGUCACAGGAAAAAGGACCUGGUAACAAACCUUUCCACUCCCAGAAGAGAUUGAAAGGCUGUGAGAUGCUAAAGUCCCUGCAGCAAUAGGAGAGAAAUUGGUAUGUGGCUUGGAAAUCCUAAAACGCCAGCCAGCAACAAAGCAAAGGUGGCUAUAACUCAGUUCCCCCCACAGUAACAGCUAAGAGUGCGGCCAAGUACAGGGCUAAGAGUGUAGGCAAGUCAAGCCUGCCUGUAAUGAGAAGGUGAAAAAGAGAGAAAGGAGUUUAUGAAAACUCAUAGGAACUGUCAGUAAGAAUCCUUAGAAGUGGACACCUUGCACAUAUAGAAAUAGACACAUUGGUAAGUAGGUGUCAUAAAUGUUAAGUAAGAAUUGUAUUUUUUGUAUAAUAAAAUCUCCCUUGCAACAAAGAGAAAAAAAACCCCUCACACUUGGUCUAUGGUCUAUACCAUUCUCAACCUUGGCAGCUUUAAGAUGUGUAGACUUCAACUCCCAGAAUUCCCCAGCCAGCAUGUGACUUGCUCCAACAAUCUCAUGGAUUUUAUUCUGAAUAAAUAAAGAAUUAAUAGUGACAAUGAAACAAGAUUUUUUUUAUUGUACCGUGCUUGCUACAUGUUAGACUCAUUUUUUUCUAAUCCAGAUCUUAAGACAUUUAAAGACAUAGUCAAGAAGAAAAACAGAAAGCAAGAGAAACCAAAAAAGAAGAGAUUUACAAGCAUUAUAACACUGAAUAAAAAUUUCAAAGCAACAAAUUAGUGCUGCAUAUUAAAGUAUCUUCUAUCAGUUGAAAACUUCAGAAAGUUAUUAAAAUCUAGUCAAUAUGCAAUAACUAACUGCAAUAGCCAGUAUAAUAUGAAUCAUAAAUCAAAAUGAAGAUUACAACUGUUUCUGAUUGAUCUAAGAGUUUGCUCCUUAUUUAGCAAACCAAACAAAAACUUAGAUAUUAAAGCCUUAUGUUAGGUGUGGUACAAGCCCAUAUGUAGAAUUAUGAUGCAUGGAUUGUUUCCAAGUUGAAUACUACAUCUGAGUUGUUUUCAGAUAAUGAGGUUAUUUUUGACAUCCAUGCAUACUCCUACAACUUAAUCUAUCAUUCAUGUUCUGAAAAUCCAAACUGAUUUGAAUUCUUAGACUUCUGGACUCUGGACUGCUUAGUGACCACCCUCACCAGUCUUCUGCAAACCUGUAAACUUCUGCACACUAUAAUUUGAAAACCAAACUGUAUUUACUCUCUUUUUUAAUUCUCUUUGUUGGACUUCUUAUAUGUGAAAGACUCAGCAAUGUCUAACCACUCUAAUGCAUCUGCUGCAAGAUAGAACAUUACCAGUCCUGCAUUAGUAUAUCUCAUUUUUUGCCAGUUAACAUUUUUUUUAGAUGUGGAAUGGGGCAAACUUCAUUAUAUCUUAUUUAAAGAUUGAUAAGAGCAUUAAGGUCUCAAAGAUUUUCUGCCCCAUCUGGUAUAGCUAUCAAAAGGUAUUUCUGAUGUUGGUAUAUGGAUUCUGCUUACUCUGUUAAUUCUGUCUUAAACCAGAAGAUGGCAUCCAGCAAUGCAAUCUUUAGCAUGCUUGCUUUUAGCUUCUCAGAACACAUUAGAUUGUAAUAUAACAUUGCUAGUACUUAUUACUUAAUCUACAGGGUUUAUCCUUGGAAAACAAAAACAUUUGAAAUCAAUUCAUAGUUACACCAGUGAAAACAGCUAUUAUUUAAGUUGCAAAGAACAUUUGUAAAAUAGCAUUGAUUUAUGAUUGCUGGUUUUUAUCAGAUAUACUGGAACUUUGCCUACUUAAACAGGCUUAUGUGCCUUCAUAUUCUGUAUUUUUUUAAAAAAAUCACUUUCAAAUCUCAUUCUGUUUCACUAAUGAAAUAUCCUCCUUUCAUAGGAAUGCAAAGAGCUCAUAGUUUGUCAUUGGUUAAAUAGUGUUAAAUAGUGUUUUCUAUGCUGCCUGGGAAAGUUUGGUUUAUAGGUAUGAAAUAAAUAUUUGAAAUAAAUAAGUGAAUGUAAUUUAGUGACCUGUAUACAAAUAUUGAUGGUUGAUUAUGUGCCAUCAAGUCAGUGUUGACUCUUAGCAACCAUAUUUAUCUUCUCCAGGAUGAUGUCCCCAACCUGGUCCUUCAGGUCUUCCAACUGCUGUAAUUGAGUCCCUCCAUCUGGUAUGCAAUUAUUAAUUUAUGGUAAAUCAUGUGAAUUUGCAGUUCUACUUAUAAAAUGACCUUGUUGAUUAAAUUGGAAUGAAACACUUUCA